AUGCCCGACCAAGUCGACUCACCGCUCGCCCUGCGGCAUAUUCCCUUCACCUUCGACAACGCGGACCCUGAAGCGAGUGCGUUAAGGCUGAUCGAGGAGUAUGCGCCGCAAUGGAAGACGGAGGAAGGCGAGGUCAAGCUCACGCGCUUCACCGAUGGCAUCACGAACACGCUCAUGAAGGCGACGAAGAAGCGACCUGGUCGGACACAGCUGGAGGUGGAGUCGGAUUCCGUUCUGAUGAGGGCAUACGGUAAAGGCACAGACGUGUUGAUAGACCGCCAGCGAGAGCUGAAAGCACACAACCUACUCGCGACGCUUGGGUUAGCACCACCACUACUUGCAAGAUUUGACAAUGGGCUCAUGUACCGUUUCGUACCUGGUCAUGUCUGCUCACACACGGACCUGGCGAAGCCUGAAAUCUAUCGCCAAGUCGCGAAGAGACUCGGGCAAUGGCACGGCGCCCUUCCCAUCUCUGCCAUCGCAGCAACCCCCAUCUUAGAUGCCCAGACCGACCAAAAGCCCUUCGCACCCACAAACGGCCAGAGCACCCGCCCAUAUCCCAAUACAUGGACCGUCCUGCAGCAGUGGAUCGAUGCAUUGCCUGAGAGCACUGAUAAAGAAACAGAGCGCAAGAAAAUGCUCAACGCCGAACUUGUCGAUGUAUCCGCGAAACUCGGUGACACGCCUGGUCUCGACGGCAGAGACUACGUUUUUGUCCAUCAUGAUCUCUUAUGUGGAAACGUGAUUGUGACUGAGGCCGAAUCCACAUCAAACGGAACGUCCAAGGAGAAGCCGGUUACAUUCAUCGAUUACGAGUACGCCACUCCAGGUCCUGCCGCGUUUGAUAUCGCCAACCACUUCGCUGAAUGGGCUGGAUACGAUUGUGAGCACGAUGCGGUACCUACGAAAUCGCAACGACGAGAAUUCCUGAAGCACUACGUCGGCAGCUUCCGCUACCACUCAAUAUCAGACAACGACUCCAUCGCUGUAGAGAUCGACUUUGAAAAGGACAUCGAGACACUAUACGACCAGGUCGAGCGAUUUAGGGGCAUGCCUGGUUUCUUCUGGGGCGUUUGGGCGUUGAUCCAAGCCAUGAUCAGCCAGAUCGACUUCGACUACACCAAAUACGCCGAACUUCGACUGAGCGAGUACUUCGCCUGGAAAGAGGAAAGCGACGGCUCGAGAGCGAGAGAAGGGCGGGAAAUGCACGUCCGCGAGAAGAGGUGGCAUUCCGAGUAG